AUGGGGUGGGCGCACCCGGCGGUGGCCAUGGAGGAGGUGCGAGGUUUCCUGGACGUCCUUGUCCUUACCGGCGUCCGCACCUCGUCCGGCGCCGCUGCUACUUGGACCGCCGACGAGGUCAAGAAGGCCCUCCGGUGGGCGCUCUUCUUCGAGGAGGGUCUUGCUGCUGUACGUUCAGAAAUGCUUUCCAUGGCAAGGGUGUUGGUUAUGCGACAUUUCCUGAAGGCAAAAACAAUGAGCGUGGAAAACCUUGGUGCUCUUCUUGAAGCGUUUGCUGAGUCAAUAUUGAAUAUGAUGAAUCUGUCAUGUUUUGCGCAGACCAUGAAUGCUUGUGAUGGUGGACUUCCCACUAGUUCUGAUGAACCGCGGGCAGAAUCCACGGGCCAUUCAAGGAUUAUAGUUAAAGAAUUUCAGAAAAGGCUGGAUUCAUCAUCGUGUGCUUGUUUGGCUGAGAGAGGACUGGAAACACUUUUGAACAGUGUGAAAAGAAACAGCUUGGAUGAUGGUAGUAAUAGGUCAUGCGCCCCAGCAAUUCCGAAAGCAUCGCAAAUGAUCGACGAGUUUCUAAUGUGGAAGCAAUGGAGAGCUAAGUGUUUGCCAUAUUUGCUUGAUGAGCGAACCAUUCGGGUUUUGUCUGGAGCUAGUUUGAUUUUUAAAGCUCCUAAAGAGCAGUGGAUGAAAGUGUUUGAGCCCUUAAAAAGUAUAGCAGAAUCGUGUCAUAAUGGUCUUGUCGAAACCAUGGAGCUAUGCUUGCUGGGUUCGAUUACAAGGCGAUGGGAGACACUGAUAGAGGGCUUCAUAUCGCACACUUUCUGUUUCAUUCCUAUAUCCAAGAAGUACGCUGAUCUGCACCAGUGCCUUCAUGGAACUUCUCAGGACAAAUUCCAAGACGAACAUCUUAGUUUGGAGGAAAAGGAUAUUCUUGACUACGCAAGACAAUCAUUAGAGAGUAAACCAUCCUUACUAUGGCUUGUACCUCCAGUUCUUACCGCUGCAGCAAUUCCACCACGGUCAAGCUUGUUCCAGAUAUACCUUGCUCAAAUAGAUAAGCAAUUUCAUGAAGCUACUCCUGCAGACCGAAAGUGUAAAUGCAGAGGAGAUGAAACAGAUCAGCACCGUAACGUACUGUGA